AUAUAUUUUAUGGCAAUGAGGAUUGAGCUUGAUACUAAUCACAUUAGGACAUUAGUUCUAAGCACUUAUUUAGCCUAAGAAAUAAGAAUAUGCUUUAUGUUUGAUAGACUCACUAGUGUUAAAUUUACCUUCUUUUUUUCGUCAAAAGGAAAACAAAGAGUGUAGAUCUUAUAUUAUAUAAACUCUCUACCCUCAAACACAUUUCAAGUCUCUUAGCUCAAAGAAUCUAUAAACAAUCACCCAAAUCCACAAUAUUCCAUACCAUCCUCCAUAUAUAGGAAGUUAGAAACGACUAAAAGUUCCAAAUCUAUACAAAGAACUUUUUUCCCUCUAUAACCCCAAAGAUGAGGAUACAAUUUCUUAUUACAUGGUUCCUUUUUGUCUCAUACAGCCAAGCCAUAUCAAACUCAGGUUUGCAUACAAGUUCUAUUGCAGAAAAGAAAGGUCUAAACUCUUCAACCACCAUAGUGCAAACACAGCAACCUUUUGAAAACUAUGGGAGCAUAAAAGAGACAAUGUUGUUUCACAGUAAAGAUGAAGAAAAGCAAGAACUAUCUCAUGCCUCAGUAAAGAGAGCAGCACAUAGUGGUAGAGGAGCUAAUGGGGGUUCAUCAGAUGUUGAUCGCCACCAUCGCAGCUCUGCAAGCUCCACAGCAUCAUUGUUACCUUGGAGCUCUAGAUUUUGUGUAAGCAUGACCUUGAUAUUGAUGUCCUUCUUCCAUGUUAAGCUGCUCUGUGUGUAACUAUUCAAAACUCCAGAUUAUGUUUAAUGCUUUGGUUGUCUUAUGAGGAGCACAUUUUUGUACUUCAGUUAUGAUUCAAACUAUGAUGAACAAAUUUAGUCACAUGAGUUGAGUGAUGUGAGUUGCAUCAAUGUGUUAUAUACUUCAUUGUACUUACCAAACCUCAUUUGUUUCACCUCUCUGAAUUGGCCUCCCAUGGAUUAUGGCACAGUAUUAGCCAAAUCGAGUGGGCAUUAGUUUUUG